AUGAAAAAACUUUGGGAAGAACUAAACACAUUGAAUGCACACGCUCAGUGCAAAUGCAAUUGCACAUGUGGUGCCAAGGCGAAUAUGCAGAAAGCUGAGCAAUAUAGAAGGCCGAUUCAGUUUUUAAUGGGACUAAACGAAGUCUACACUGUGGUCAGGGGAAGCAUUUUAAUGAUGAAUCCAUUACCCUCACUCGCACAAGCCUUUUCAAUUCUUAUCCAAGAGGAGAAACAAAGAGAGGUCAAGCCAAACAAUCAAAUUGUGAUUGAGUCUACUGCCUUGAGUGCUAAUAGAUCAGGAGGAAAUCACUUCAGAACAAGCUUUAGUCAACAGACAAACGUUGCAGACAACACUGGAUAUGUGAACUACAAUCAACAGGGAAACAGAACUGGAAAUAACAACUAUAGGGGAGGACAAUUUGGGAAUAGGCCACGACCUUUUUGUGACUAUUAUAAGAAACCAGGUCACAUUAAGGAAAGAUGCUACAAAUUGCAUGGUUACCCUCAAGAUUCAAGGUUUAAUAAGGGAAAGAGAAUUGCUGUCAAUGUACAUGGAGGUCAAGAAGAGAGUGUCAUUGAAGGUGGAAAUGGAAACAAUGGAUCUGCACAGGAACAAGAUAGAACUAUGCAGAAUCUCACUAAGGAACAAUAUAAUCAGCUGGUGAGCAUCCUGGAGAAUUUUCAUGCUGGAAAUGCAAGAAAUGAAAUGAAAGUAGGAGCUGUGAACUUUGCAGGUAUCUCAGCUUGUUCAACUCAUUUUGAUUCUGGUUCUAGCUCACAUGAAUGUUCUAUGUCUGUUGCUGACUCUUGGAUACUUGACUUUGGGGCAUCAAACCAUAUGACAUAUAACAGAUCCAUGUUAAUCAAUGUGAAAACCUUAGUUUACCCUUUCCUAGUUACUUUGCCCAAUGGUUAUAAGGUGAAGGUGACAUUGAUGGGAGAUGUAGUAAUGAGCCCUAAGUUCACUCUGAAAACAGUUCUCUUUGUUCCUAGUUUCAAGUUCAACCUAAUCUCAGUACAUUAUUUGACAGUCCAGUUUGGUUGUUUUGUUAUAUUCACCAAAUCUGUUUGCAUCCUUCUGCAGGCCCCUUCACUGAAGAGGCCUCUGGCAAUUGGUGAAAGUAAGGAUGGUCUAUAUCUCUACAAAUCAGAUUCUUGCAAGUCCAACACUUCAGAUUUCUGCAAGCCUAAUUCCCUGGUCUUUGAUAAUUCUUCUAGUGCAUCAAAUUAA